AUGAGGCCGUUCAAACACCUCAGCGCUGCCCUCAUCGGCUUCGCUGUGGUUUUCUGCUGCUGCUGCCGAGGAAGCGGUGCGGCCGACGAGGAGCGCGUGGUUCUCGACGCCAUCAGGCGGUACCUGCUCAGCGACGAAGAAUAUCCCGCCCACGCGAUCACCGAUCUUAGCGACGAAGCGGGGAGGGCCGGAGACGACAUGGUGGCAGGCUGGAGAGCCCAAGAGGCUGCAAUCCUCGCCCAUUACGGCGACGCUCCCUUCGAGCAGCAGCUCACCGCAAGCCCGAGCAACAGGCUGGACGACACCGGAGCGGGCCAACUACCGGCCUUUGCGGGCAUCGAUCCAGCGUACAGCGACCAACAACCUCAUCGCACCGCUGAGCCCUCUGAGCCUUUUCCGGUCGACCAGACUCUGCCUUACCGCCAACCCGACCCAUCCAAUGUCGAGCAAUCUCAUGACUAUCCUUCUCCCAGCCCCGAGGAUGGCGAGCACGACCAGCGUGGACUGCACGUCGGCGCGCUCGACGACGCCGCCGAGCGCGAGCGCCUUUUCGGGCAUGCCUCGAUCGGUGCCUACCAGUCAGCGCACAGCCUCUCGGUGCCCGGCCUGCAUCGCGCCUGGUAUGCCACCGAGGAGCAGCGGGAUGUCUUCCUCGAAGCCUACAAGGCACGCCUUCGAGCGGACCUGGCCAUGCAACCCGAUCUGCUGCGAUAUGUCGACCAGAUCGUGUUCGUCAAAGGCUACUGGGAGUCGAGCAGCAUUACCGGCGUGCGCAAGUCGCUCGCCUAUGGCCAGGCUUCCAUCUAUGGCUCGCUCGACAAGAGGCUUGAUCUGGGCGACUUUGCCUUCACAGCCGCCAUCAGACGGGGCAAGCGCGAUAGUAUUCGGCUCAUCGCGCCCGUCGUGGCCUUUGACAGCGCGUUCAAGGCUCGCGACAUCGUCUCGAAGGACAUCCUCACCCUGAACAGCGGUCACUGA